ACGUAUGUCAGCGACUGUCUUUAGUCUCAUCUCGAGCUUUCUGCGUUCUAACGGCAGGAGAGGAGCCAGCUGUCUGAGGCUGCCGGAUCUGUCCUAUAUCUCGCUUUAUGAUGAUCGCUGCGGCGUUUUUGGUCCUGUUAAGGCCGUACAGUAUUCAAUGUGUGCUGCUGUUAUUGCUGCUUUUGCUCGGAACUAUUGCGACUAUAUUGUUUUUCUGCUGCUGGCAUCGCAGACUCCGUAAUGGAAAGCAUCCAAUAAAAUCUGUGCUCUCUGGACGCUCCAAGAGCCGCGUUGGCCUCCGAACGCAUCAUUUUCGAUCAGAGGGCUUCAGGCACAGUCCACGUCACUCGAGAAGGCUCAUUCAUGCUCGAGUGACAGAGGAAAAGCCCAAUCUGGUCGAGGUUCCUGACAGUGAACCUGAUUCAUCGUCGACUCUGAGGAAACGCAAAGUGAAGAAGAGAGUCCUGCCAGAGUUUUACCAGUCUGUGCAAGUCACCCCUACACGUAAACCUAGCUCCAGUUCGGGGAACCCUUCCCUGCACGGCUCCAUGUCUUCCUCGGCGGAUUUCUCGGACGAGGAUGACUACAGCGUUAAAUCCGGAUCGGCAUCACCGGCACCGGGGGACACUUUACCCUGGAACCUGCCCAGACACGAGCGGUCUAAGCGGAAAAUCCAGGGAGGAUCCGUGCUGGAUCCGGCAGAGAGAGCCGUGCUCCGGAUCGCAGAUGAAAGAGACAGAGUGCAGAAGAAGACCUUUACAAAAUGGAUAAACCAGCAUCUGCUGAAGGUACGAAAGCAUAUAAAUGACCUGUAUGAAGACUUACGAGAUGGACAUAACCUGAUCUCACUGUUGGAGGUUCUAUCUGGAGACACAUUGCCAAGGGAGCGUGAUUUACUGAAGACUUUGCGGUUGGUGAGUGGGACAGAAGCAUGUGCAGUUGAGCAGCAUGGAGACACGGUGGAUGAUGAUAAGGGGCCUCGGGAGAGAGGGAGGAUGCGCUUCCACAGACUCCAGAAUGUACAAAUAGCACUGGAUUAUUUAAAGAGGCGGCAGGUCAAACUUGUAAAUAUCAGGAAUGAUGACAUCACAGACGGCAACCCAAAACUGACCCUGGGAUUGAUCUGGACCAUAAUUCUGCACUUUCAGAUCUCGGAGAUCCAUGUAACAGGGGAAUCUGAGGACAUGACUGCCAAGGAGAGACUGCUGCUCUGGUCCAAGCAGAUAACGGAAGGCUACGUAGGGGUACGAUGUGACAACUUCACAACCUCCUGGAGGGAUGGGAGGCUAUUUAAUGCCAUCAUACACAAAUACAGACCUGACCUGGUUGACAUGAGCCGUGUGUCAGCGCAGACCAACAGAUCAAAUUUAGAGCAGGCGUUUUGCGUGGCCGAACAGCUGGGGGUGGCCAGACUGCUCGACCCAGAGGAUGUCGAUGUUCAGUCCCCUGAUGAAAAAUCUGUCAUCACAUACGUCUCGACGCUGUUCGAUGCCUUCCCCAAAGUACCCGAUGGUGUUGAUGGAAUCAAUGCUAAUGAUGUUGAUAUCAAAUGGGUGGAGUACCAGAACAUGAUCAAAUACCUCAGCCAGUGGAUCAAACACAAUGUGGCCAUAAUGUCAGAUAGAUCAUUCCCCAACAACCCUGUGGAACUCAAGGCACUUUAUACACAGUAUCUCCAGUUCAAAGAACAUGAAAUCCCACUGAAAGAAAAUGAGAAAACCAAAAUCCAAACUAUGUACAAAAUGCUUGAGAUGUGGAUUGAGUUUGGACGCAUUCAGUUACCCCCAGGUCAUCACCCGAACGACGUGGAGAAGGAAUGGGGUAAAUUAAUUGUUGCCAUGCUUGAAAGAGAGAAGAGCCUGAGGCCAGAGGUGGAAAGGCUUGAGAUGCUGCAGCAGAUUGCAAACAGGGUCCAGCGGGACUGUGUUAACGGCGAAGACAGGCUGGCAUUGGCAAGGACGUCCCUACAGUCUGAUGCAAAACGUCUCGAGUCUGGCAUUCAGUUCAUAAAUGAAGCUGAGAUUGCUGGCUACCUGUUAGAGUGUGAGAACAUCCUCAGACAACAAGUAGUGGACAUUCAAAUUCUUCUGGAUGGGAAAUUUCCAUUUGCAGAUCAACUUGUCCAAAGGGUAUCAAAACUCCGGGAUGAUCUUCUGGCCCUGAGAUCCGAGUGUUCCUCUGUGUACAGCCAAGGCCGCACCCUGACAACAGAACAAACCAAAAUGAUGAUCUCAGGCAUCACACAAAGCCUGAACUCUGGCUUCUCACAGAACAUUAACACAGGCCUGACACCAGCCCUUACUCCUGCACUCACCCCCGGGGGCUUAGGCACCCCUGGGUCCACAUUCACCUCUAGCCUUACACCGUGCCUGACCCCAUCCUUGACCCCUGCCUUGACCCCCAGUCUGCAGCCUGCUUCAGUCCAGAGCUACAUGGGAAGUGGUGAUGGCAGCGGCAUGGACCCAAGUGGCCUCAGACAUUUGAAACACAUGCAGAUUCGGAAGCCCUUGUUGAAGUCCUCGUUGGCAGACCCGAACAUGACGGAGGACGAGGUCAACAUGAAAUAUGUCCAGGACCUCCUGAACUGGGUGGAGGACAUGCAGUUACAACUGGAGCGUUCAGAGUGGGGAUCUGAUUUGCCAAGUGUGGAAAUGCAUUUAGAGAACCACAAAAGUGUACAUAGAGCCAUUGAAGAAUUUCAAAUGAGUCUUAAAGAAGCCAAACUGAGUGAGAUUCAGAUGACUAUACCCCUGAAGCUGAGUUAUUCAGACAAACUGAACAAACUGGAGAAACAGUAUGACAGACUAUUGAGCUGUUCUAGAGAUCGGCAAAGCCACCUGGAAAGUCUGCAUGACUUUGUGUCUCAGGCAACUCAAGAGCUGAUCUGGCUGAACGAGAAAGAGGAGGAGGAGGUUGCGUUUGACUGGAGCGAUCGCAGCAGCCACAUCUCCAAGAAGAGAGACUACCAUGCAGACCUGAUGAGGGAGCUGGAUGAAAAAGAGGAAGCCAUCAAGUCUGUGCAGGACAAGGCAGAUCGCCUAAUGCUCAAGAACCACCCAGCCAGGCUAACAAUAGAAGCAUACAGAGCUGCAAUGCAGACACAGUGGAGCUGGAUUUUACAGCUCUGCUCAUGUGUAGAACAGCAUCUCAAGCAGAAUGCAGUUUAUUUUGAGUUUUUCAGUGAUGCCAAAGAGUCCAUGGACUACCUUAAGAACCUGCAAGAUUCCAUACACAGGAAAUAUAGCUGUGAUCGGACAAGCAGCCUACACCGACUGGAGGAUCUCAUUCAGGAGUCCAUGGAUGAGAAGGAGCAACUUCUUCAGUACCGCAGCACUGUUGCUGGGUUAGUGGGCAGGGCCAAAAACAUUGUGCAGCUCAGACCCAGGAACCCUGAAAGUCCGGUGCGAUCCUCCAUCCCUGUCAAAGCGAUCUGCGAUUAUCGUCAGAUAGAGAUUACCAUCUAUAAAGAUGAUGAGUGUGUACUGGCCAAUAACUCUCACCGGGCCAAGUGGAAAGUCAUCAACCCUGCAGGGAAUGAGGCCAUGGUGCCCUCUGUUUGCUUCACUGUGCCUCCACCCAACAAAGAGGCUGUUGACAUGGCUACAAAAACUGAGCAGUUGUACCAGAAUGUCCUGGCACUGUGGCAUCACUCCCACAUCAACAUGAAGAGUGUGGUGUCUUGGCAUUAUCUAAUGGCUGACAUACGAGCCAUCCGCAACUGGAAUGUGGCCUCAAUAAAGACCAUGUUACCGGGUGAGCAUCAGCAGGUCUUGAGCAACCUGCAGUCCCACUUUGAUGAGUUCCUGGAAGACAGCGAGGAGUCGGAGAUAUUCACAGUGGCAGAUUGUUCACAGCUGGAGAGAGACGUGGUGGCCUGCAAAGAGUACUAUCAGGAUUUACUGCGAUCUGCAGAGAGAGAGGAACACGAGGAGUCAGUGUACAAUCAUUACAUCUCAGAAAUACGCAACUUCCGCAUGCACCUGGAGGCCCAUGAAGAACACCUGAUCAGGCAAAUCCGCACACCACUGGAAAGAGAUGAUCUGGAGCAGAGUCUGCAGCGCAUCACAGAGCAUGAGAAGAAGACAGCAGAGCUGAGUAAGUUGAAGGAGGAUCUGGACGUCAUGAAGGAGAAGUGUGAGCUGUUCCUCAGACAGGCUGCAGGUUCUCCAUCUAUACCAACACUUUCCUCUGAACUCACUGUCCUCAUCCAGAGCAUGAGCCAAGUUUACUCCAUGUCUUCCAUUUAUAUGGAUAAGUUAAAAACAGUGAGUUUAGUGGUGAAGCACAGCCAGAGUGCAGAGGCUCUGGUUAAGGCCUACGAAUCCAAACUCUAUGAAGAAGAUGCCAUGAACUCUGACGUCAAAUCCAUCGAAAAUGUCAUUUCUACACUUAAGCAAUGGCGGACAGAGAUUGAUGAAAGGCAGGAGGUCUUCCAUGACAUGGAGGAUGAGCUACAGAAAGCACGUGUCAUCAGUGAUCGUAUGUUUAAGGCCCACAAUGAGCGCGACUUUGAUCUCGACUGGCACAAGGAGAAGGCAGAUCAGCUGAGUGAGAGAUGGCAGAACAUUCACUCCCAGAUUGAUAGCAGGCUUCGGGACUUGGACGGUAUCAGCAAGUCCCUGAAACACUACAGAGACUCCUAUGGCAGUCUUGACGAAUGGGUGAGAGAAAUGGAAGCAGCACAGCUGAAGGCCCAAGAAAACAAACCUGAAGAUAGCAAGGCGCUUGCUGAGCUGUUAAACAAACAGAAGGUUCUUGUUGCUGAAAUUGAACAAAAACAGAGCAGAAUUGAUGAGUGUCAAAAGUACUCUGAGCAUUACUCAUCUGCCAUCAAGGAUUAUGAACUUCAGCUGAUGACAUUCAGAGCGAUGGUUGACUCCCAACACAAAUCUCCUCUGAAGAAACGGAGGAUGCAGAGCUCUUCUGAUGCCAUUCAGCAAGAGUUCAUGGAUCUCCGGACCCGCUACACUGCUCUGGUGACUCUUAUGACACAAUAUGUGAAGUUUGCCAGUGAAACACUGAAGAGAACUGAAGACGAAGAGAGAUCUGUUGAUGAGGAGAAGAGAGAACAUGGUGAUAAAGUUAGCAAACUAUUGCAGUGGAUGUCCAAUGUGAAACAGACCGUGAGCAAUGAUGGGAAUGCUCUGAAAGAUAGUAAUGCCAACACAGAUGCUUCUAAUAAGCCCCAGGUGUCAGUCGAGGAAAUGGUCACGAAAAAAGAACAAAUUGCAGAAGCACUGAGGGCCACACAAAUGAUGCUGAACAAACACAGUGAUAAAAUGACUGAAGAAGAACGAGAAAAAGCCCAGGAGCAGCUCAAGGAGCUCAGUCAAGCCUACAGCGAAAUCUCCCAGCAGUGUUCAGACCAGACAACCUCUGCAGAAGAGGACUUUAAAACCACUGACUGGCCUGUGGCUGGAGCCAUGAGUGGCCUAGCUGAUCAGUUGCCUUGGUUCACUCUCCCAGAAGGCCACAUGUCCUCCAGCCUCUCUCAGUCUGAGCCCCAUGUCCCUCUGGACUGGGAUGAUGAUGCUCUCAAGCAAGAUCCCAUGUAUAAAAGCACACUAAAGCACUUGCCAAAGUUGAAUGAGGCACACAAAUGCAUACAAAGCUCCCAGGUCUCCUCUGUGUCGCUGUCUGACAUAGUAGCUGCAAGGGAAGGUUCCAUGUGUGGGGAAGAUCUGAUCCUCAAGAUAAUAGAGGUCGAUCAAGUAGGUGAUGGAGUGAAGGUGGGCUACACAGGGGACGCACUGAACCUAGAGGAGGCCUUUCAGAGUGGUUUAAUUCCUGCUUCUGUCUAUGUAAAGCUUCUUGAGAGGCAAAAGUCCUCUCAGAAUAUAAUGAAUCCUGAAGAGGUUGAACCUAGUGAGGUUAAUACACUGAUAUCAAACUGUCUCAGCAGAAAUAAAUUACUCCCACCAGAGAGGAAUAUUAACACUCUGAGGUCUGCUUAUGAUGACUUAGGUGAUCAGGAGAUAAUGCCAAAGCUGUUAGGUGCUGGGGUGGAUGUAGGGGGCCCCACAGAAGGUCAAAAUGUGUCAGAGGGUGUUGGGAACCUCUCAAAUAAUGAUGGGCUGAUGGUGGAUGCAGCCAUCCAGUGUGAUUUGAUGAGCUCCAGCAGCACCCUCAUUGUGCUGGGAAAUCAACAGCAGUUUAUGGGACUUGUGUUGCCUCACUCUGGAGAAACCCAAACUGUGUCCACCUCAUUCCAGUAUGAUCAACAAAGCACCUCCAAUGAGUUUACCAGCAGACUGUUCAGUAAUCGGAGUAAAAUAGCAGCCUUUUACAUUCCACAGAAUUCAGAGGUGAUAGAUAUAAACUCUGCUGUUGAAAAUGGUUUGAUUGACAGUUACACAGCAGAGGUUCUGAGAUCUAUAGAGAUUCCUGAUGUGUUUCCAGAUGUUGAUCACUUAAAUGAGAAGUUCUCAUCCUGGCUUAUAUAUAAAAAACUCACGGUUGAUGGGUGGAAUCAUGCUGCAGAUGCUUCAGAGGUGAACAUCCCCUCUCCUGAAGAGGCAAAGCAGUUAUUUAUCUCAUACCUGAUGAUGAACAGUUACAUUGAUCCACAGUCAGCUCAGAGGGUCUUGAUACUCGAUAGUCAGUUAACUAAAAUGGCUGAAGUUUUUCUUGAAUGCCAGAUUAUUUCUCAAAACACUGACCAAAAUUUGACCUGUCUGACUUUAAAUAAUCUUCCAGAAAAGGAAGAUUUAGAGAUAUCACUGCACAUAGAUGAGGAAACAGAGGAGUUAAUGAAAAACACACAACAUGAUCCUCAUGAUUUUGUUUCCACGGUCAGUGGGAGAAUUACCUUUGAUGAGAACACACAGCACACAUUUAAGCCUCAAAAUUUUGCUUCCUCUGAGAGGGGAAGAAUUAGCUUUGAUGAAAACACACCACACACAUUUGAGCCUCAAAAUUUGGUUUCCUCUGACAAUGGAAAAAUUAGCUUUAAUGAAUUAUCACAUGUAAAUGACAAGGCUCUAGGUAAUGGUAUUGACAUUGAUACUACAGAGCCAGUUGAAAUGGAGGAAAACAUUUUUCAAAACAGCACAAGCUGGACAAAACCCAAUGAAUCUGAAGGAGGAAUUUGUGGAGAUAGUUUACAAACCGAUGAUGGACUUGCUGUUAGUGGAGGUCAUGAUGUUCCAGCCUCUCUAGAGAUGUCAGUCCCUCCUACAUUAUGUUCUGUGAACAGCAGCAACAUUGGCUCACUAUCCAGCAUGCUUGACCCUGAGUCUACAGUGAGAUCUUGCCAUCAGAUAGUACUACACAACAACUCUGAGUCACUAUUUAGUGACUCAGGAAAUGUCGAUGUUGAACAAGCAGAGCUUUUACGCUCUGAUAGCUGGGUGGAGGGUGAAAAUGAAGCAGGCAUUAAACUUCUAAAAGCCCAUAUGGAGGAAGGGGGUAUUUUAGAUGUCCCCUAUGAGCUGGACGAUGCUCUUAAUGAAGGAUUGCUAGAUGUGGAGACAGUACUAGAGCUGCACAACCAACAAUCAGAUGAAGAAAUAGCAGUUGUGGGAGAUGAGGAAAGCACUUUGUUUGUUCUAAAAGAGACAGUGUCAAACAUAUAUCAAACAGAGCAAGAGAGCUUUUUGAGCUCUGAUUGCUACAUUAGUAUCACUGAAUCAUUGCAGUUUGGAUUAGAUAAAGAUGAGCAAGUUGACUUAGAUACCAACUCCAGCAUUUACUCAGAAGAAGACUACUUUCACUCCAUCUCUGAUGCUCAUAAUCUGGGUUUAAUUAAUAUGAAUGAAGACAUGCAGGAGAGGAAGGUGGUUGUCAUGGUGCUAGAUUUACCCAAUGAGGAGGCCAACAAUGCAGAGAUUGAGGAUGAAAAUAGAAGUAUAGACGUAGACAGUGAGAUGAGCGCCAAUGCAGAAACGAUGAGUAACUAUGCUCACCACUCCCUUCUCUCAGACAGUGGUCACGAGCCUCCGAUGAUCUCACCCUCGUUGCAGAGUCAGGUUACUGCAGAGCGCAUUCAUGACUCAGACAAAUUGCCUUUACUGGCUGAAGACAGCGAGUCACGGGGUCUAAUCAAUAACCAGCCGACAGGUGGAGCUGAUGGAUCCAGCGUUGUGAUAGAAAACGCUGCUUCGGUUAUCCAGUCACGUCCGUCUAGUCUGAGUGACAGAACCACCAGCAUUGAUACUGAUCCCGAGAGCCAGAUUCAAUCUGCCACUUCUACUUAUCCCUCUGAUAAAUCUGACAGCCAGCCUGUCAGUAAUGAUUUUUGCAGUGCUGGAUAUGAUGCCCAGGUGGGAAAUCAAGCACAGAAUGAGAGUGAAUUAGAUGUGGCCUUUUCAUACUGUAAUGUGCUGUCUGUGGAGACUAGAAUGGAAAAUGAGAAUGCUUCUCAGUCUCCUCUGGACACUGAGGCAGCUCUGAGUACUGAUUACUCAUCACCCAGUGGUUUGGUUGAAAGUGCAAUCAUCUCUGCUCCCAGUGGUAACAGUCACUAUGAGAAAAACGGUGCAGAAGACGGCGACAGAAUCGUAUUACCUCAGCAAACAGCGCUUCAUUCAGAAAGUGAUUUUAGUGUUGAAUCUGAACCCAGCAGCUUUCAAAAUAGUCAGAUCCAGAGUGUACUUGUUUAUGAAAUACCUUCACAACUACUGAACUCUUCCUCUCAGUCACCUGUUGUUUCCAAUACAACAUCCACUGUCAAUCACAGCAGCUGUUCUACUGAAGAUUCAGUCGUGACCAGUAAUGAUUUUUUAGAAUCAGAGCACACUGGUGCAGAUGAUGUUGAGUUAUGCACAGGGAGGUUUUCCCCAGAGAGGCAACGUAUUCAGAUCAGUGAUCCUGAGCAGAUCUCCGUAUUAAGCAAGGAGAAAGAAAAUGCACAUGUUGGUGGUCUUGUCUCCUGUUUAAGUCCAGCUUCUGCAUUAUCAGACAAUAAUCUGACACAGUCUGAAGCUAGAAUGGGAGAAGGGUUAAGCUCUGAUACUCAGACAGCGACAGAAAGAUUAGAUGUAUGUGUUUCAGAGCAUCCCCUUGCAGUUACUGAUUUCCUGUCAGACAGCUGCAUGACAUCAGCUUCCCCUUCAGCUCCAUCUGUGUUUUCUGAUCCUGUAAAAACUCACGAGGAUGUCCAAGGGGAAAUAAUUACAAAGAGUACCAUUGUCAGUGAUUGGCAAAAGACACAAACUCAAGACACUGAAAGCACUUCUGCAUUAGCUCAGAAUAAUCUGCAGUCUUUAGAUGAAGGCGGUUUUCAGGAGAGUGGCCCACCUACUGGACUCACAAAGAGCAGUCACCCAGGUUCUCUCAUGGAUUUACUGAACCAAAACACCCUCAGUUUGAACAAUAAAGACACAGGAAUCUCAGAGCUGAUGUAUCAAGAAGAAAAAGAAAGUGACAAGUCGGAACAGUUUGAUGCUCCAAAUAUCCAGAUGCAGCUGCUGCAAGUUUUUAAGACUGUUUCCUCAAGCCAAGACCUCUCAGUGCUUCAGGAAAUGAUGGACACUCUGAGCAGCGCUCUAGGGGUCAACUCCCUGGAGGACAGACGACAUACACUGGAGAGCAUCAAGGAGGAAAGCUCAGAGGGAGAGGAUGAGGAUUCAGCAGAAGAUGAGCCGGGUCAAACUCGCCGACCAUCUGCUCAGGUGUCUGUCGGCUCAGAUGUCUGCAAAGUGGAGAAAGUCAAAAAGAAGCUGUUCUCCAUUCAGGAUUAUUUGGAGUGUAUUGGGAGGCUGCAGGAUCAUGCUGAUGUUUUAGAAGAUGUCAGAAAAGACCUUGUAAUCCAGGUACCCAUGGGCAACAACAUGGAAGAACUACAGCUCCAAAUAGAGGAAUGUCAGUCUCUGGAGUCUCAGCUCUCUAGACUGGCUGGUGUUCUGUCAGAGGAUAUGAAUAAAGCCAAACAGCUCUUAAACUCUGCUGAUGAGAACAUUCCUCUACAAAUCCACCAAGAUUUGGCCUCAACAUAUCUGGAGUUGGAGUCAAAUUUUGCUGCUGUUUCCCAGAUGUGUACAGAAAGGAGCAACUCAGUGAUUCAAGCGAUGGAAAUGGCAAAGAUACAUUUGGAGUCGACAUACCAGAAACAUCUGAGCGAUCUUAAUGAGCUCUCAGGCGUCAUUCAAAAUACCUCUGAGAUGUGUGAUGUGGACUUGAACACAUGUGAUGUGGACACACUGAGACAUUUGAGUCAGCAGAAUAAGGACGUGGAGAACAAUCUGCUGAAGGAGGCCAGGCUUAAGUUAGAGGACGUCACAUUUGACAUCCAGUGCUUUAUUUCUGAACACACUCAAUUUCUGAGUCCUUCUCAGAGCAGCCACCUCCUCAAGUUCCUCAGCACCACUCAGCGAGCUUUCAGGGACCAGGCAGAGAGGCUUGUUACUCAGAGGAGUGCAUUAGAUGUCCUGCUGGACACCAGAGAGAGGGAAAACCUGGAGAAGUCUGUACUGGAUAGACACAAGGAGUUUACAGAGAAGUUGGAGGAAGUGUGUGAUAACCUCACCCUGACGGAGAACCAACUGAUCGGUCAUCAGCAGCAGGCUGACAACGCCGAGAGCGUCACAGACCUGCAACAGUACCAGCAGGAGCAUCAGGCUCUGCAAAAAGACGUACUCACAAAUGCCAGUGCCUUAAAUGAGGUGAUCACCAGUACUAAAAAGUUUCUGGAGGAAAACCGAAGCAAACUGAUGCCUGAUCAGAUCGCCAUUAUUGAAAGCAAGUUGGAAGAGGCUAAAAGCAAAGCCAAGCUCAUCAACCAGCGGGCAGAGGAGUCCAGAAAAGAUUUGGAGAAGGUUGUUACAACAGCCAUAAAACAGGAGAGCGAAAAGGCAGCAGCUGUUGAAAGGCUUGAAGAAAGUAAGAACAAAAUCGAAGGUCUUCUGGACUGGAUUUCCAACAUAGGGAAUGAAAACAACAGCAGUCUGGAUCAAACUGACCAUUUAAGUAAAGAGAAUGGAAACUUGCCAGAGGAAACCUCAGCCAAGGGAUUGAUAGGAGAGGAGGAUGAUGCAAAUGGAAACGCUUUCCAGACCACUGAAAACGAUGUUGGCAGGGAGACCGAGGGCAAGAACGACCCAUCCCUGGACCUCGAUAAGCAGUAUGAUAGGGUCAAGACCCAUCAUCAGGAGAUCCUGUCCCAGCAGCAGGAUCUGAUCAUGGCCACCCAGUCAGCUCAGGCUCUGCUUGACAAACAAGCAAACAUGUUGUCACCAAAGGAGAAGGAGGCACUGCAGAAGAACAUCCAAGAACUGAAGGAGCGCUACGAGACCUCACUGACUCAAGCAGAGCAGCAGAUGAAGCAGGUGCAGUGCGUCCAGGAGGAGCUAAAGAAGUUCCAGGAUGACUGUGAGGAGUUUGAAGGCUGGUUAAACCAGGCUGAAGGAGAGAUGGAGGAGCUGGGAGCCCCUGCAGGCUCCCUCAAUAUCCUCAGUGACAAACUUCAGCGUCAGAAAAGCUUCUCAGAAGAUGUGAUCUCCCACAAAGGCGACCUUCGCUUUAUCACUAUUUCAGGACAGAAAGUGCUGGAUGUGGCUAAAGCCUGUGGAUUGGCUGAACCUGCAGCUAAGAACACUCCGCUGCAUGUGGAUACUUCAGGGACCUGUUCUGCUGUCAAGGAUAAACUAGAUUCAGCUGCCAGCCGAUACAAAGCACUACAUUCACAGUGCAAUCAGCUUGGCAGCAACCUCAAAGAUGUGGUUGACAAAUACAAAAAGUAUGAUGACUCAAGCACUGGUCUUUUGAAGUGGCUCAACAGCUCAGAGGACGAGGCGAGAAAGCAGCAGUCGGAGGCCAUAGCAGCUGAUCCUCAAACGCUACAGAAACAGCUGGAGGAUACUAAGGUUUUACAGGGUCAGAUGAUGGGACAUCAGGCUGCUAUUGACACAUUACGUAAGACAGCUGAGUCUUUGAUAUCGUCUGAGGGAGACUUGCUGAGCAACCCAGAUGAGAUCCAGGAGACAGUAGAUGACAUAGCGGAGCGCUACGACAACCUUUCCAAGUCUGUCAGUGAUAGAAAUGAGAAACUGCAGAUCACGCUGACUCGAUCUAUGAGUGUCCAGGAUGGUCUGGAUGAGAUGAUGGGAUGGAUGGAAGGAGUGGAGGCCAGUGUAAAAGAGAAAGAGCAAAUACCCCUGGACUCUGCCUCUAUUGGAGAUAUCCUCAGCAAAGAAGCAGCAUUGGAGCAGGACAUAGCAAGUCGCCAGAGCAGCAUCUCAGCCAUGAAAGCCAAAGUAAAGAAGUUUGUGGAGACGGCGGAUCCCUCUGCUGCUGCACUUUUACAGUCGAAGAUGGACACUCUCUCCCAGCGCUUCUCUGACGCCUGUGACAAACACAAGCAAAAAGUUUCCCAACUGGAACACCUGAAAGAAAAAGUGGAACAGUUUGAGAACGUCGCUGAUAAAGUCCAGCAGUUUGUCGUGAAGCGUUCACAAGAUCUGCAUGAAACAGACGGGCCAGGGAAAACUUUCAAUGAACUGUCUCAGCUAAUGCAAGGCACUAAAGCUGAAAUGGCUGAACAUGCCAGCGACUUGGAGAAGCUGCAGACUCUGUCCAAGGAGCUGUCUGAAAUAAGCCCUGAUGGAGACAAAGCCCAGAUUCAGGGCAAGAUCGACAACCUCACAAAUAUUUUCAGCACCUUCAAAGACACUGUCAAAGAAAAGGAAGAAGAGCUUUCAUCCUGUCAGGACCAGCUGGGAGAAUUCAGAUCUGCAGCCAGCGCUCUCACCCAGUGGCUGGAGGAGACCAAUGACAAAGUGCCUGCAGUUCAGCCAAGCAGCAGUGACAAAAGCCUGGAAAAAGACCUGCAGAUAGUCACUGGAUUAUUAGAAGAGUGGACAUCCAAAGACCCUGCUGUCCAAGACCUGAACAGUAAAGGAUCAGCACUGUGCAGCCUGAUCACACAUCUCACCUCCCCUGCCAAGACAAAGACCCCUAAUAAGUCAGCUCUUACUAAUGGUGGUGGUCCAGCAAGUCAUACCUACCUAACCAAUAAAGAGCUGAUGGUAAUACAGCAGAACAUGUCAUUCAUCAAUGAGGGGUACACAAACCUCGGGGAAACACUGAAGAGUCGAGCAGGACAGCUGAGUAGUUUGGUAAACGAGGUGAAAGAGGCCCAGAAGGAGACGGAGGAAAUGAUGACAUGGCUGAAGGACAAGAAAAAGACGGCAGCAUCCUGGAAUAACGCAGUCACAGGGAAAGACUCUGUGAAAACACAACUUGAACAACAGAAGACAUUCGAAGAUGGCAUGAAGCAAAAGGAGGAGCAGCUCCAGAAGCUCAGAGAGAAGCUUCUCAAUUUGAUUAAGACGCAUCCAAACUCCCCUGAGGCAGCAAAAUGGAAGCAGAUGCUGGAAGAAAUAGAUGCUGCUUGGGCAGAAAUCAGUGGUUCUGUAGAGGAGAGGAAGCAGCACCUGGAGCAGUCCAACAAAAAUCUGGACAUCUUCCAGACUACUGAGCUGCAGCUCGGCCAGUGGCUUUCAGAGAAGGAGCUGAUGAUGAGUGUCCUUGGACCACUCUCGAUAGACCCAAACAUGCUUAAAAUGCAGAAGCAACAAGUUCAGAUCCUCCAGAAUGAGUUUAAGAGCCGCAAACCUCAAUAUGAACAACUUGAGGAAGCUGCUUCAGCCAUCCUAUGCUCAUCAGAUAACCAGGACCCUUCAAGUGGGAAGCUGGUGAAGGAGCAGGUUGCUGCAGUCACUCAGAAGUGGCAAGGCCUUACAGGACAGCUGGACCAGCGAGACAGCCUCAUUGACCAGGCAGUGGUGAAGACUGGACAGUUUCAGGAGUUAUUGAGGAGUCUCAGUAACACCGCCACUCAGCUGGAGAAUCAGCUCACUAACCAGCAGGGCCACAGCACGCAGCCUGACGCUGUGAAGAAGCAGCUGGAGGAUGUCCAAAACAUCUCCACUCAGCUGAGAGAGGAGAGGAAGAAGCUGAAGGAGGCCGAGGCCAUCAAUGCAGAGCUGACAGCGAUGGUGACUGAGGAUUAUCUCAAAGCAGACCUGGCCAGGCAGCUGGAGAGUGUCAGCAGGCCUUUCAGACAGCUGGAAGAGAAAGCAGCAAAGCGGAUUGAGCAGUUGAACUCAACCUUUGCCAGCUCUCAGCAGUUCCAUCAGACCUCCAAAGACUUCCAGUCAUGGCUGGUCGAGAAGCUCCAGGAUCAGUCUAAGCCCUUGCCCAUCUCUGCCAAAGUGGAUGUUCUGCAACAAACCCUGGAGGAGCACAGUAAACUCCAGAAGGCUCUCAGUGAACACGAGGACGCUUAUAAUACAAUCACUGGUGAAGGAGAGAUGCUUCUGCACAGCACUGAUGGUGCUGAAAAGCUGGCGCUACAAGGGCAGCUCACUACUCUUGCUUCCAACUGGGAGGAAGUGAAGAAGAGCUCUGCAGAGCAGGCCGACAAACUCCAAACCGCUCUGCAGAGAUCUCAGAAGUAUCAGGAGCAAGCAGAGAAGCUGAGCUCUUGGAUUCAGGAGUGUGAAGCUAGUGAGAGCCGAGUCAAACUCGCUGUUGAUCCUGUUGCUGUGGAGAGCUCCAUUUCUCAGGUGAAAGCUCUACAGAAGGAUGUCGAUAAGCACAGAGGGUUGGUGGAGCAGUUCAACACAGCUGCAGAUAAUCUUCUUGAGCUGGCCAACACAGACACCGAAACUGUAAAAGAAGAGAAGGUUAGCAUUGGCAAAAGAGUGGACAAUGUGUUGGAAGGUCUGCAGAGCAAAAGGGAGUCCCUGGAGAAGAUCUCACACACAGUUAAGGAAUUUAAUGAUGCCUACAAAGAGGCAAAGGGUCAGCUUGAAGGGGCUAAGAAGCAAGUGGAUACCUUCCAGUCACAGGGAGUGCAGGGACACAGCAACAAGAACUUAACCAACAUGAAAGCCCAACAUAAAAGUUUAGAGGGAGUGCAGAACCAAGUAGAGCACAUGAAGACGUUGGCCAAGGAUCUUGUGGUAGAUGUGCCAGAUGCUGAAGGUGUGACAGACCUUUUAUUGCAGGCAGACAGUGUAGAAAAAGACUACAGCAACCUGAACAAGAAACUUGAGGACGCCUGCCAAGUAUUGGAGGGCAAAUUACAGGGUAUUGGACAGUUCCAGAACAGCAUCCGAGAGAUGUUCACCCGUUUCACAGAGCUGGAUGAUGAGCUGGACAGCAUGCCUCCUGUGGAUCUUCACUUGGCCACUCUGAAAGAACAGCAGGAUAGCAUUCAGAGUUUUGUGGCUAAGCUGCAAGAGCUGAUGGCUAACACGGCCAAUGCCGGAGACAGCUGCAAGAAGAUGCUGGAGUCUGAAUCAUCACCUGACCUGUUAGGCCUGAAGAGAGAUCUGGACGCUCUGAGUAAGCAGUGUGGCAAACUCUUAGACCGAGCAAAAGGCAGAGAGGUCCAGGUACAGAGUACUCUCACCAAACUGGAGGAGCUGUACAGUAAACUCCAUCAAGUGGAGGAUAAACUCGGCAGAGCUGUGGACAAGGAAGCAUCCCAGGAGGCGGUUGGCAUGGAGACAGAUGUGAUCAACCAACAGCUGGAGGCCUUUAAGGCUUUCCAGAAAGAGGACAUUGACCCAUUGCAGACACAGCUUCAAGACAUCAACUCCCUUGGCCAAGGCCUGGUUCAGAAUGCUGCUAAAGGCACCAGCACUAAGAAGCUUGAAGAUGACAUGGAAGGUGUCAACUCAAAGUGGAAUACCCUCAAUAAAAAGAUUGCUGAGCGUUCAGCCCAGCUACAUGAAGCCCUGUUGCACUGUGGGAGGUUCCAGGAUGCUCUGGAGUCCCUGCUCAGCUGGUUGACUGAUACCGAGGAGCUUGUGGCCAAUCAAAAACCACCCUCUGCUGAGUUCAAAGUGGUGAAGGCACAGAUACAGGAGCAGAAACUCUUACAGAGACUGUUGGAUGACCGAAAACCGACAGUGGAGCUGAUAAAGAAGGAGGGAGGGAAGGUCGCAGAACUGGCAGAGUCUGUGGAUAAGGAGAAGGUUGCAAAAGAGAUUGAAUGCCUGGGGCAGAGGUGGGACACUCUGCUUAAGAAAGCUGAAAACAGGCAUAAGCAACUGGAGAGCAUCUUAGUGGUCACUCAGCAGUUCCACGAGACUCUGGAGCCCCUGAGCGAAUGGCUCGCAGCCACAGAAAAACACCUCACCAACUCUGAGCCAAUAGGCACUGAGACAUCUAAGCUGGAAGAUCAGAUCUCUCAGCAUAAGGCCUUAGAGGAGGAGAUUAUGAAUCACAGUAAAGACCUGUUUCAGGCUGUCAGUCUGGGUCAGAUGCUCAAAACCGUCAGCUCAGUGGACGAUAAGGAGUUUGUCCAGUCCAAACUGGACACCACCCAGGCCAGUUACAUAGAGCUCCAGGAGCGAUGCAGGAGGAAAGCCGAGAUGCUGCAGCAGGCUCUGGCGAAUGCCCAGCUGUUUGGAGAGGAUGAAGUGGCUCUCAUGAACUGGCUGAACGAGGUGCACGCCAGGCUGAGCGAAGUGUCCGUGGAGGACUACAAAAUAGACAUUCUUGAAAAGCAACUGGCACAACAACGGGCACUUCAAAGUGAUAUUGACUUGAGGAAGAAAAAUGUCGACCAGGCCAUCGCUAAUGGGAUGGAACUGCUGAAGCAAACAACAGGUGAUGAGGUGGUCGUUAUUCAAGGCAAACUGGACGGAAUAAAAACAAAGUACGCUGAGAUAAACUCCAUGAGUGACAAGGUUCUGAAGACACUGGAGCAGGUUCUGAGUCUCUCUUCUAAGCUACAGCAUACUCAUGAAGACCUGAGCGCCUGGUUAGAGAAAGCGGAGGCUGAGAUAAACACUUUUGCCGAUCAGGAGCCAGUGGGCGAGCAGCUGAUUCAUUCACAAAGCAGGCAGAAGGCCUUGCUGAAAGAGACCAAAGAUCAGAAACCUGUGUUGGACAAGCUGAAUGAGCUCAGCAGUUCACUCCUGGAUCUGAUCCCCUGGCACACUCGUGAGGGCUUGGACAAGCUGGUGACUGAGGAUAAUGAACGCUACAGAGCCGUGGGCGACACCAUCGCCGAGCAGGUCGACCAGAUCAACGCCGACAUACUCAAGUCACAGCAGUUUGAACAGGCUGCCGACGCUGAACUCUCCUGGCUGACUGAAGCUGAGAGGAAGUUGCUGUCAAUGGGCGAGAUCAGGCUGGAGCAGGACCAAACCACAGCCCAGCUCCAAGCACAGAAGAUUUUCUCCAUGGACAUCAUGAGACACAAAGAUGCUGUGGAUGAGAUUGUGAAAACAGGGAAGGCCAUUAUGAACAGUAAAAACCCAGAGGAAAAAGAAGCCUUGAAGGCCAAAACCCAGACUCUCUUGGAGAAGUACAGUGUUGUCAGUCAGUUGAACUCAGAACGCUGCCUGCAGCUGGAACGAGCCCAAUCUCUGGCCACUCAGUUCUGGGAGACCUACGAGGAGAUGUGGCCGUGGCUUCAGGAAACAUUAAGCACCUUCAGCCAGCUGCCUCCACCUGCCAUCGAGUACGACACACUCAGGCAGCAGCAAGAGGAGCUCAGGCAAAUGCGAGAACUGAUUGCCGAGCACAAGCCCCAUAUUGACAAGAUGAAUAAGACCGGCCCUCAGUUACUUGAGCUCAGCCCAGUAGAAGGAGAGCCCAUGAGAGAGAAAUACACUGCCUCUGAUCGACUUUACACCAAACUCAAGGCUGAUGUCAAGCAGAGAGCUGCCACUCUGGAUGAAGCCAUCUCCAAAUCCACUCAGUUCCAUGAUAAAAUUGACCCCAUGCUGGAAUCCCUGGAGCGGAUUGCUGAACGCCUUCGCCAGCCUCCAUCCAUCUCAGUGGAGGUGGACAAGAUCAAGGAGCAGAUUACUGAAAAUAAGGCUGUCUCUGUGGAUUUGGAGAAACUGCAGCCCUCUUAUGAGACUCUGAAGCAACGAGGUGAAGAGAUGAUCGCACGAUCCGAAGGAGCCGACAAGGACAUAUCUGCCAAAGCUGUACAAGACAAACUGGACCACAUGGUGUUCCUGUGGAAUGACAUCCAAGCCUUGCUGGAAGAGCGGGAGGCAAAGCUGCUGGAUGUGAUGGACCUGGCAGACAAGUUCUGGUGCGACCACUGUGCUCUCAUCGUCACCAUCAAAGAUAGCCAGGACCUGCUGAGGGAGCUGGAGGAGCCCGGAGUCGAUCCGUCAGUCGUCAAACAGCAGCAGGAAUUUGUGGAGGGAUUUAAGGAGGAAAUCGAUGGGCUGCAGGAGGAGCUUGAUGUGGUUCGAAACCAGGGAGCAGAGCUUAUGACCGCCUGCGGGGAACCUGAUAAACCUGUGAUAAAGAAAAGCCUUGAUGAGGUGAAUUCAGCGUGGGAGAAUCUCAAUAAGACUUGGAAGGAGAGAGUGGAGAGACUGGAAGAAGCCAUGCAGGCUGCUGUGCAGUUUCAGGAUGGCCUGCAGGGUAUGUUUGACUGGGUGGAUAUUCUGGAAAGCAAACUGGAUUCAAUGUCACCUGUAGGCACAGACCUGGAAACUGUCAAGCAGCAGAUUGUAGAGCUCAAGGAGUACAAAGGAGAAGCGUACCAGCUACAGAUUGAGAUGGAGCGUCUGAACCACCAGGCUGGCCUCCUGCUGAAGAAGGUGACCGAGGAGGCCGACCGCUGCGCAAUCCAGGAGCCUAUGUCUGAGCUCAAGAUGCUGUGGGACAACCUGGAUGAGAAGAUCAUCAGCCGACAGCACAAACUGGAGGGGGGUCUGCUGGCUCUGGGCCAGUUCCAGCAUGCUCUGGAUGAGCUUCUGGCCUGGAUGAGCCACACUGAGGAGCUUCUAAAUGAACAGAGAAAGGCUGGAGGAGACCCCAAAGCCAUCGAGAUUGAGCUCGCCAAGCACCACGUUCUUCAGAUAGAUGUGUUGGCCCACAAGUCGACUGUAGAGACGGUGAACAAAGCUGGCAAUGAUCUGGUGGAGUCCAGCGCUGGAGAGGAAGCUUCAAGUCUGCAGAGCAAACUGGAGAAUCUCAACCAGAGGUGGAAGGCAAUCCAGGAGAAGACGGAGCAGAGGAAGCAACAACUGGAAAGUUCUCUGCUUCAGGCCCAAGGUUUCCAUGGUGAGAUAGAAGAUAUGCAGCAAUGGCUGAAAGACACAGAACGUCAGCUGUUGGCAUCAAAGGCUGUGGGAGGCUUACCAGACACGGCUCGGGAGCAGCUUAACGCCCAUCUGGAGUUAUGUUCUGCCUUCGAGGCAAAGGAGGAGCUGUAUCAGGAGCUGCUGAAGAAGGGUCAGCAGCUGCUCACCAUGACGCCUGAGGGUCCAGACAGCAACACCGAGCAGGACCUUGGCAACCUGAAGGAAAAAUGGGAGUCAGUGCAGGCGAAGGUUGCGGAAAGAAAGACGAAACUAGAGGAAGCUUUAACGCUGGCCACAGAUUUCCACAACUCUCUGCAGGACUUCAUCAACUGGCUAACCCAGGCAGAGCAAACGCUUAACAUGGUUUCACCCGCUUCCCUCAUCCUGGAGACCAUCAUGUUUCAGAUUGAUGAGCAUAAGAUGUUCGUGACAGAGGUGAACUCCCACAGAGAGCACAUUAUUGAACUGGACAAGACCGGAACACAUCUGAAGUACUUCAGCCAGAAACAGGAUGUGGUCCUGAUCAAGAACCUGCUGCUCAGCGUGCAGGGCCGCUGGGAGAAGCUGGUGCAGAGGUCUGUUGAGCGAGGUCGUCUGCUGGACGACGCCAGAAAGAGAGCGAAACAGUUCCAUGAAACUUUCAAUAAACUGAUGGAGUGGCUGGAUGAAUCUGAGAAGACUCUGGACUCUGAAGUGGAAAUUGCCAAUGAUCCAGACAAAAUCAAGAUGCAGCUGGCACAGCACAAGGAAUUCCAGAAAGCUCUGGGCAGCAAACACUCUGUGUACGACACCACCGCUCGAACAGGGCGUUCCCUGAAAGACAAGACCUCCCUUCAGGAUGAUAAUCAGAAGCUGACUGACAUGCUGAGUGAACUGAGGGACAAAUGGGACACAGUUUGUGGCAAAUCAGUGGAGAGACAAAACAAGCUGGAGGAGGCUCUGCUGUUCUCCGGACAGUUUACAGACGCUCUCCAGGCUCUCAUUGACUGGCUGUACAGAGUGGAACCUCAGCUGGCUGAGGACCAGCCCGUACAUGGAGACAUAGACCUGGUUCUCAACCUGAUAGACAACCACAAGGUUUUCCAGAAGGAGUUGGGAAAGCGGACAGUAAGCGUUCAGGCGCUCAAACGUUCGGCCAGGGAGCUGAUUGAGAGCAGUCACGAUGAUUCCUCUUGGGUUAAAGUCCAGAUGCAGGAGCUGAGCACUCGCUGGGAGACGGUGUGCAACCUCUCGGUGUCCAAACAGGCCCGACUGGAGCAGGCCCUGUGCCAGGCUGAGGAAUUUCACUCUACUGUUCAUAUCCUGCUGGAGUGGCUGGCGGAGGCAGAGCAGAGUUUGCGUUUCCAUGGCAGCCUGCCUGAUGACGAGGAGGCUCUGCGGGCGCUUAUUGAACAGCACAAGGAGUUCAUGAAGAAACUGGAGGAAAAGCGAGUUGCUCUAAAUAAAGCAACCAGUAUGGGGGAGGCCAUUCUCAGCAUCUGCCAUCCAGACUCUAUCACCACCAUCAAGCACUGGAACACCAUCAUUAAAGCCCGAUUUGAGGAGGUUCAGGCUUGGGCCAGACAGCACCAGCAGCGACUGGCCACGGCCCUCACUGAGCUGUUAGCCACUCAUGAGCUGCUGGAGAAUCUUCUGACGUGGCUGCAGUGGGCUGAAACCAACCUCAAUGAUAAGGACAAGGAACAGCUGCCUCAGGAAAUCGAGGAGGUCAAAAGCCUCAUAGCAGAACACCAGGCGUUCAUGGAGGAAAUGACCAGGAAGCAACCAGAUGUUGACAAAAUCACCAAGACACACAAAAGGAAGGCUGCUGUGGAGCCCCAAAUCCAAUCUCAGAUCCCUGUUCUGGACAAAGGAAGAGCUGGAAGAAAACGUUCUCCCACACAAACGAUGUAUGCGUCAACCACACAAGCUCCCAUUGAGACCAAGAACCCGAGAAUUAACCUGCUGGUGACUAAGUGGCAGCAUGUGUGGCUGCUGGCUUUGGACAGAAGGAGGAAACUCAAUGAUGCUUUGGACAGACUGGAAGAGUUGAAGGAAUUCGCCAAUUUUGAUUUUGAUGUGUGGCGGAAACGCUACAUGCGCUGGAUGAACCAUAAAAAGUCUCGUGUCAUGGACUUCUUCCGCCGCAUUGACAAAGAUCAAGAUGGCAAAGUGACCCGGCAGGAGUUCAUAGAGGGCAUCCUGUCCUCCAAAUUCCCCACCAGUCGUCUGGAGAUGAGCGCUGUUGCAGAUAUAUUUGACAGAGAUGGCGACGGCUACAUUGAUUACUAUGAGUUUGUGGCAGCUCUUCAUCCCAACAAGGAUGCUUACAAACCACUAACAGAUGCUGACAAAAUUGAAGAUGAGGUCACACGUCAAGUGGCAAAGUGCAAAUGUCCAAAACGAUUCCAAGUGGAACAAAUCGGUGCCAACAAAUACCGGUUCUACCUUGGAAACCAGUUUGGUCUGGUUCACUGCUUACAUGACUCCUUAAUCGGCGAUGAGACAAUAGCAAACAGGGAAAAUCAAAAUCUUACCAACCACCUACACGUUGCGGUUUUGGAAAGCUGUAUUCUGUUCGGAGACUCUCAGCAGCUUCGUCUGGUGCGGAUUUUACGCAGCACUGUGAUGGUGCGGGUGGGAGGAGGCUGGAUGGCUCUGGAUGAGUUCCUGGUGAAGAACGACCCCUGUAGAGUUCAUCACCACGGGAGCAAAAUGUUGCGCUCGGAAUCAAACUCUUCAAUUACUCAGUCUCCUAUAGGUUGGCAAAUCUCACACUUUCUCACCUUGCUCCAUGAACCCACCAGUGCUAAAGGCAGGACCAAUAUGGAGCUGCGAGAGAAGUUCAUCCUCCCAGAGGGAACCACGCAGGUGAUGGCGAGUUUCCGGUACAGAGGUCGGAGGUCUCGGCCGUCGUCCAGAGGAGCUUCUCCCAACAGAUCCACGUCCAGUCAGAGCUGUCCGGUGCCGUCACACCAAGCCCUGACCAGCACACCCAAGACUCCCCAACACAUAACCCGCAAUUAUGAUAAGCCAUGGCUUACAAACAGCAAACCCUCCACUCCUCUUAAAUCAUCAGACUCCUUCGGGAGCCAAGGUUCAUCCUCAGAGAGUUCUGCGGUUCAAGGCAGCAAAUUGCGUCUUCCUGGGUAUUUGUCUGGCAAAGGUUUUCAGUCUGGUGAAGAGGGAACCUUGAUCAGCGCUGCCGUACUGAAAGCUCGAACACAGACAAUAGGUGAGUCAAGAAAAAAUUCCAGCCGGCCAGGAAGCAAAGCCGGAAGCAGAGGAAGCAGUCGCAGAGGAAGUGACGCCUCUGACUUUGACAUCUCGGACAUCCAGUCUGUGUGUUCAGAUGCGUCUGAGACGGUUGGAGAGUCCACCAGAGCGACGCCACGGUCUGCAUCCCGACAACACGGAGGAAAGCCCUCCAAGAUCCCCACCCCUCAAAAAAGAACCACUCCCACGAGCAAACUGGCCAAGGGAUCCAAGCGAUAGUCAUUGGCCUUGAAAACAAACAACCCAGGAGCUAGUUGCACCCGAAACACAUAAUGGACACUGGAGAUGUUGAAUUUAAAAGACUGCAAAUGUGUUGAGUGUUAUUUAAAUUGUUGCAAAGAUGUAAAAUAUUCUGUUAAGAGGCAAUAUGGUUUAAUAUGUGAGAAUGGAAUGUUAAUGGCCUUGUGUAUUUGUUUUUAAUGUAUUUUAUUUUUUGUGAAAAAUGUCAAAUUGUUUUUAUUGUAUUUUAUUUUAUUUAUGCAAAUCCUGUAGGUUUGGUGAACACUAGAAAAUCUGGGAAUGAGCAAGUGGAACGGUUAACUAACAUUUCUACACACUAAUGAAGGGCAAAAAUGUGGAAAAGCGCUCUGAGAGUUACUGAAUGUACUGUAAUUUAUGUAUGCUGAUGUUUGGAGUAAAUGGUGCUUUAUGGUACCAUUUGAGGCACUGCAAUUAUCUAUUUAAGUGCUAUGUUAUACUGCCAACUUGCAUUUAAAGGGCAAUGCAAUAUACCACAGUAAACCCCAGUAAGCACUGCAGAAACCUUUGAGAAAACUCUAUUUAAGACAAGUAGCAAAAACCUCGUAAUCAUGAAGCUUUCAAGUCCUGUUCGUUUGUCAGCAGCUGCAGCCCCUCUUUGGUUUGACCACUUCACAGCAACGUGUACAUUGACCCUGAAGAGGUGCCACUCUGUGUAGACAUUCUCUGUGCAUCCAUGUCAAUGUAUGGUUAAUUUCGGUAGAGCUGAAAUUGUUACUGUAAUAUUACUUUGUAAUAAACCUGCUUGCAGAAAGCCACCAGA